UUUAUUUUUUCACUUGGUCGCGGAAUUUUCGUGGUUGAAAAAUUUUCUUCAACGGUAGAAUCGCAGCAUAGAUCUGUCUGUGUGCUCUGUGCAGUUGCCUGAAAUUGCCAAGAAUGUCGGCGGCGGCGCUUCUCUCCUUCUUCCUCGUCUUGCCGGCGAUUCAGUUUGGCUCCUCCGUAGGAUCGUCGUGCCCUAUUAAUUUUACCUACGUCGGGACUUUUCCAUGGGACACUUCUCCCUGCCGACAAUCGCCUCAUCCGGAGUGCUGCCAAACCCUAAGGGGCGUUUUAGGGAUAGGGCUCGCCGAGUACCUCAAUCGAACCUCGAGGUUUUACCUGCCUGAUGCGGACACUUCGUCGUCUUGCCUGCUGGACUUUCGGGACAGCCUCGGACCGCUGUCGAUUUCGGGAGAUGUCUUCGGCGAAUGCUUCAACGACACAGGGGAGUUUGCGAACAAGCCGUCGAGCUGCGCGGGGAUUGCGACAUUAAACGAUUGGAAUCAGAAAGUUCCGAGGAACAUCCCUCUCGAAUCUUCCUGCAGCAGCGAUUCGCUGACUGGGAUGGUUAGCUGCGUGUUCUAUGCUGCUGCUAUAGUCAACGAUUUUGGCCCUGAGGAUGUGAGAGUUGCUUCUUGUAUGCUCCGUCUGCCGUUAGCUGCAAAUAAGAAUGCCGAUCGAUCGAACAGUAGUAAAGUGAGGUUGAUUUCGGGCAUCCUCGGCGGUCUUUUGGGGGCAUGUCUUGCAGUUUUUGUGUUCUUGUUUUACAGAAGAUGGAGUAGGAAGAUGAAUCAAGAAAUGGUGCAUCAACAUUAUGUUGUUUCUAUGAAAUCGAAAGUUCAGCCCAACACUGGCGCCAAAUGGUUUCAUAUAUCGGAAUUAGAGCAAGCUACGGAUGGAUUUUCAGACAGGAAUGUGAUCGGGAGAGGCGGAUUCGGCAUCGUUUAUAAAGGGACGCUGCCGGGGGGCGCGGAAGUGGCCGUCAAGCAAGUUCUUGAUUUGGAUUCGAAAGGGGACGACGAAUUCACUAAUGAGGCUGAGAUCAUAAGCAAGAUUAGGCACAGAAAUCUUUUGUCUUUGAGGGGAUUCUGCGUCAGCAGCGAGAGAUUUCAGGGCAAGAGAAGAUUCCUCGUUUAUGACUACAUGUGUAAUGGCAGCCUCGAUGAUCAUUUGUUCGUCGAUGGCGGCAAGAAUCACUUGUCCUGGCCACAGCGGAAGAAUAUAAUUCUCGACAUUGCGAAAGGGCUGGCUUACUUACAUUACGGGAUCAAUCCAGCUGUGUACCAUCGCGACAUUAAAGCUACUAACAUUUUGUUGGAUUCGGACAUGAGGGCCAAAGUGGCUGACUUUGGGUUGGUUAAGGUUAAUGCCGGUGGCGAGUCUCAUGUCACUACAAGGGUUGCCGGCACGCGCGGAUAUUUGGCGCCUGAAUAUGCGCUUUACGGACAUUUAACUGAGAAAACUGACGUCUAUAGUUUCGGGAUACUGAUCUUGGAAAUUAUUAGUAGCCGGAAGGCGCUGGAUGCAUCAGAGCCGUGGAAGAGGCUGAUCACCGAUUGGGCUUGGGAGUGUCUGAAAUCGGGAAGAGUCGAGGAGAUAUUCCACGACUCGAUCAGACAAGAAGGGCCGAAGACAGUGAUGGAAAGAUUCGCGCAGGUCGGGAUUCUAUGCGCUCAUGUGACGAUGGCUGCUCGACCUACUAUUGCUGAGGCUGUCCGGAUGCUCGAAGGCGACAUCGAUGUCCCGGAACUGCCGCCGCGGCCGGCGCCGCUCAGACAUGAGCCGCUGGAGAUGUCUUUUGGGUACAGCAUGUCGACGUUGAGCAAGGGAUCAAUGGAGCAGUCGAGCGUUGGCAGCAGUAUUUCAUGAAAGUUCGAUGUUGUGUAUGAUGUAAAUGACAUUUGCUGUCUUGUGUUCUUGUAAGCAAAGACAUUGAUUUUUUCAUCAAAGAUGUUAACUUUUUAUGAUAUUAACGUUAAUAACAU